CCACCCGCGAACUUCAAAGUUUGAUCGUUGUUUAUUGUCCUUCUUCGGAGGCAAAACAGUCGACCGUCAGGAUGCCAGUGAUAUUGAAAGAUUAUUCUUGGAGUCAGAAUUCGGAUUGGGUGACGAUUCAGGUGCCCUUCCCGAAGAAUAAUCUGCACCAGGAGGAAGUGUUCACGAGCGAGCGGUUGCUCAAGAUCAACAAGGCACCGUACUACUGGGAGGUUCUUUUGGCGGAAGCGAUUGCGGAAGAGGAGAGUCGAUGUGCAAUUCUAGAGAACGAAGUGGUGUUUAGCUUGAAGAAGAAUGAUGAGGGUGUGGAGUGGGGAUACUUGGAAGUACAAGUGGAGCGCGGUGAGAAAUUGAGAUUGAAGGAAGCGUUUUUGAAGGAACAUCAGGUGAAGUUAGAGGAGAAGACGAAACAACGUGCAAUCGAGAAGGAGCAAAAGAAACGCGACGAAAUAAGCAAGCAAAUCGAAAGGGAUGGGAACGAGAGACAAGCGAUUGAAGAUUUGUUGGCGGAAAGUAAACGGAAGGAACUGGAGAGAAUGGAAAGCGAGAAAAAGGCGAAGGUUAUUCCGAAGAAAGAUACGCCACGUCCAAAGGAAUUCAAGAAGCCAGUACCGAUUCGUCCAACCAAGAUAAUAGAGGAAACCCCCCAAAUCCGGCAAAGUGGAACGGUAGAAGUCUCGUUCACCAAAAGGAACUUUGUGACACCGAAGCGCGAAUCCAUGGAGCAGGACGAGCGCGACUGGAUCAUGAAGCAGGCAGCGGCGAAGAAGGCAACCGGUUUUGUGGAUGAAGACUUGCGUCCAGAGGAGCGAAAUCCCGAAUGGCUGAAGCAGAAAGGAGACUCGUUCUUCCAGCAGGGUAACCAUCUGGGGGCGAUUUCCGCCUAUUCGGCGGGAAUUCGACUGACGAAGGAAUAUUACUCGCUGUUUUUGAACCGAUCGGCUGCGCAUUUCGCUAUGGAGAACUAUCAACGAUGCGCUGAAGACUGCUCCACGGCACUCAAUCUACUGGAUCCCCCGGUGGAAUCGAAUCGAAAAGCAAGGGUCGCCUGCCUAGCCCGAAGAGGCGCUGCCCUCACUAAGCUUGGAUUUCUCCGGCAAGGAUGUGACGAGCUGAUCGCCGCCUGCAAACUGGAUCCACAAAACGAGGGCCUCCGACGAGAGGUGGAAAUGGUGCAACGAAAGCUGAAGGAAUGUGAUACGGAUUCAGAGUAGCCGGCGCGUGCGGUUUGAACCAUACAAUAAAUCUUAUAUUGACUGUUUCCGUUCAACAACACUCAAGUAAAAGUUUUAACAACAA